ACCCCGUACUACUCACCACCACGUUCAUAUCUCUCUCUCUCUCAUAAUAAUAUGUAAAAACGCCCUUUCGCCUUAAAACUCUCUACUCCCCUUAUUUCUCCUCUCUGAAAACACAUUUAGGGUUAGGGUUUUAAAACCCCUAAAUUAUGUAAAAGUUUGGUGAAUUUUGUGUUUAAUUUGACCUAUCAAUCAAUGACUGGGAAUUUACAUAUCAAAUUGUUGUUGUGUAGGGGUUGUUUUGGUGCCUUUAUGUUUAGGAAUCGUUUGAAAGUUUGUUACUUUAAUUACAUAUAGGUGGUUUGAUUAGGGUUUUGGGGUUUUUUUUUUUUUUUUUAUGGCGCCGAGUCGAAGGAAAGGUAGGAGUAAAGCGGCGGCGGCGGCGGCUGCAGCUUGUCGUCAGUGGAAAGUGGGUGAUCUUGUGCUUGCUAAGGUUAAAGGGUUUCCAGCUUGGCCUGCUACGGUGAGUGAGCCAGAGAAGUGGGGUUAUUCGAGAGACCGGAAGAAAGUGUUAGUUUACUUUUUUGGAACACAACAAAUAGCCUUCUGCAAUCCUGUGGAUGUCGAAGCAUUUACCGAAGAUAAGAAACUAUCUCUCUUUGUUAAACGUCGUGGAAAAGGUGCUGAUUUUAUUCGUGCUGUGCAUGAGAUUAUUGAUUGCUUUGAGAAGUUGAAAAAGGAGCAGCCUGUCAAUGGUAAUUCUACCGAUGAAUUGGUUGUUAGGAGUGACAAUGAGGUUGUUGAAUUAACCAAAACUCAUUUGGAGGGUGAAGCUCUCAACACAAUUGAAUCUUCAUCAAAAGAGAACCUUGGAGAUGAAAGUGAACCAGACAUUGAAAACGAGCCUGGCGCAGUUGCUGCAAAAGACGAUGUAUCCCAUGAUGGUGAAAUGCUGUCAGUUGAUCCUACUAGUGCGGAGGUUAUGGAUGUGCCAGCUACAAAGACUUAUUCUACCCGAAGGAAAAUUGUAGGUGGAAGGUCAAGAAAUGGUGCUAUGGAGAGAAGGGCUCCAUCUGCUCGCAGGUUGAGAAGUUCUUUGAGGACCGAUCCUGAAGUACAUCAAAAUCGUUUGUUGCCUUCUGGUCCUCACAGCAUUAAUGCAGGAUAUGGUGGUAAUACAACAAGGGAUAGAUCUGCGAGAAGGAACAAAAUGGAUGGAAAACCAUCAGAUGGUUUAGAUAGGAACAAUAUGGAUCAACCUGCUUUUGUUUCUAAUGGCAGCACAGAAGAGAGUGAUUCUGAAAUUGCUACUGUGGAUUCUGGAAGCAUUAGCUUAAAUGAAGGCAGCAGUGUUGAAUCUGGUUGUAAACCUGUCUAUAGGUGUGCUGUGCAAUGUGAAUCGGAGGUUGAGUUGAGCCAAAGACUUGAGUUCCAAAGUAGCGCGGUAAUACUCAAGAAGAAACGGAAGCCAAGUAGAAAGAGGCUGCACACUGAUUUAACUGAGUCCUCUGCUGGUUUAGACAAAGAUACAGCUUCGGAGACACUGACUGCUAGAACUACAGAUCUCCUGCCGGGUGACCUUGUAAAAUCUGAUGAGAAAAAUUCCAAGGAAUUAAAGGAAGAUGGCGAUGAUCACUUACCACUGGUCAAGAGAGCCAGGGUACGUAUGGGUAGGUCAGCACCCGAAGGGGAGGUGCUAGAUAAUGAGGUACUGGAUGAUGCAAAAUCACCAGGAACUUCUGAUAAGUCUUUGGAACAGGUACCUGAGGGAGAUGGAUCUUGCCUUCAGAACUCUACUUGUAUAAAAAGUGAUGCAUAUGAUUCAUCUCCAUCGAAGAAAUGUUCUGCCAAGAGACCGCCGUUUUGGGAAAUCCGUAAACAGUUUGGUGGUUCGCUGGAUGGCGAGUCUGCUUUACCUCCAUCCAAACGGCUUCAUCGUGCCUUGGAGGCCAUGUCAGCUUAUGCUGCAGAUGAUGACAAACAAGUUGUGGAUGGGCUUUGUAGAAUGAAGACAUCUAUCAACGAGUAUUGCUCGAGUUCCAAGGAGGUUUCCUCUGAGCUGUCAGGUAGUAUUAAACUUGAGAAUAACUCUGAUGUGGGUAGAAUGGGAAGCCCAGCUAGUGCUGUACAGGAAGAUGCUACUAUUGUGGCCAGUGCUAAAGUGCUAGUAGCUCAGGAAGUGCUAGCUCUUACUACACCUGUAGCUUGUGGUGAUAGCUCAGCAAAGGAGUCCUGUGAAGAUAAAUGUGAUGUCUCGGACGCUGUUAUACAGACGCCUCAAAAAGUGGAGUCAUCAAAUGACUGCCCUUCUAGCACUUUUGUUGCACAUUCUGCUAAUGCCAUGUCUGGUGGUGAGUUGCAGGGUACCUUCAAAUGUGGACGUCCCUCACCAAUGGCAGUCAUGACAUCUGAUGAAAAUUGUGAAAAUGAAGCUGCUGAGUCACCAAAACAUUUCGAAGAUCCAAUUUCUGAAGCAUCUGGGAAAUCCGCGGAUUGUGGAUCUAAUGAUGAGGUUAUAAUGAGUUCACCGGAAAAAGGUGGUAUUACGGGGUUAGGUGGUGCUGAGGCUGAAUGUGGUAAAAAUAACAAGUUGUGCCAGGUUUCGUUAGAUGUGAGCAUUCAAGACAAUGAAGAGUCAAUUAGUAUGAAAGAAGCUGGAUCGGCAUCAAAGAAUAUAAGCGCGACUUCAUCUUCAAGUCCUGAAAAAGUUGUGGAUGUGUCACUCAAGGAGUUGCGCAUGUCUGGUUUGAGCUCUGUAUCUGAUGAUCAGUUUGGCGACAAAGCUGUCUCAACCACCCUUUCGUCAUCCUCUCUUACUGAUGGGAUGGACUCCUUUAUUAGGGCAUCUACACCAAAUACUUUAACUUGCAACAUAUCUACUGUAGAUAGUAGCAUGCAUGCAAGUAUUGGAAGCUCUAGUCCCUUCCCUUAUCAGUUACAUGAUAAACCAAGGACCGAUGGGAAACUGAGCAGCAGAGGAGAAGCCAAUGUUGCUUUAGGUUCCUUUGAGGCUACUCUUGGGAUACUGAGAAGGACAAAAGAAAGCAUUGGGCGGGCCACACGUGUUGCUUUAGACAUUGCUAAAUUCGGUGUUGCUUCCAAGGUUGUGGAGAUCAUUGCUCAAAAGUUGGAAAACGAGUCAAGCUUACAUAGAAGGGUGGAUCUUUUCUUUCUUGUUGAUUCUAUUGCACAGUUUUCUAGAGGACUUAAAGGUCACAUUGGUGGCAUAUAUCCUUCCGCGAUUCAGGGACUAUUGCCACGCCUAGUAUCAGCAGCUGCUCCUCCUGGAAGUGGUUCCCAGGAAAACCGAAGGCAAUGUUUGAAAGUUUUGAGGGUUUGGCAUGAUCGGAAGAUUCUUCCCGAGUCAGCUAUUCGACCCUACAUACGAGAACUUGAAUCCUUUUGUGGUUCAUCAUUGAGUCGUGCACACUCUCGACGUCCCAUGAGGACAGAAAGAUCUUUCGAUGAUCCAAUUAGAGAAAUGGAGGGCAUGCUGGUUGAUGAAUAUGGAAGCAAUUCAAGUUUUCAACUUCCUGGGUUUCGUAUGCCUGCAAUGCUUAAGGAUGAAGAAGUAAGUGAUUCUGAUGGUGAGAGUUUUGAGGCUGUCACUCCAGAACACCCUGCUGGAAAGCCCAAUGGGGAGGAUGCCAUCCUGGCUAGUGAGAAGCACAAACAUAUUCUGGAAGAUGUUGAUGGUGAACUUGAAAUGGAAGAUGUGUCUCCUGUGUGUGAAGGUGGAAGUGCUUCCAUCAGUUGCAGUGUCGGAACAGAUUCUGCUCAGAUCUCAUGCCCUGAUGAUGGGAACAGUUUUGGAGCCCCCUUCCAUCCCCCCCUUCCGGAGGAUGGUCCCCCCUCAGCUCCUCCUUUGCCAAUAUCCCCCCCUCCACCUCCACCACCUCUGGCCUCAGUUACACCUGCAUCAUCUUCUUUUCCACCUCUGUCUUCUCUAUCGAAUUCUGCCCCCAGUAGUGUUCAGUCAAACUGUUCAAUGGGUUCCCAGAAUAUCAAAGACAACUUGCAGGAAACUGUUUUUCAGCAGUGUACAGUUGCACAAGCUCAUCCGGCUGUCCCAGAUGCUAUUCAUUGUCAACCCUCCGAUGGCAGAGAGAUUCAUGCUAAGGGAUCGUUGAAGGUCCUUGACGCUGCUAGUUCACGUCCUUCCAGCAAUGGAGCUGUUUCUCAUCCACCAUUCUGCUUGUCUAAUGGAGUGCAGCCACCUGACGGGGCUUGUGGCAAGGGCUUCCAUUUGCGGCCACCUCACCCCGCUCCUUCAAAUCAGUUCUCUUAUGUUCAGGCUGAUCAGCGGAGGGAUAUAGCAACUCCUUAUUCCAAUGUACAGCAUAUGCCAAGUUUUUCCAGAGAUCGUAGUGGAAUGAAGUCAGUGCGACGUGAAAUUGCAGAAAGUUGGAUGCCACAAUCCCAUUAUUCUGGUCCAUGCUACCCAGAUGGUUCCAGAGGUCACUAUGCUGCUGCGCCAUAUCCUAUUCCACGUGAACCACCUUUACCGAGCCACAAGUGGGGUUACCCUCCCCGAGGUAUGAAUAGGAGGGAAAUCUUUAAUCACAGACCGCCGCCUGACCGCCUGAUUCCAGUGACAUCUAGAGGUCCUGGCUUUUGGAGACCAAGAUAAGAUGACCCAGGAGUGGAAGCUACAGCUGCUGGUAGUGCGGCUUUCUUUAUACUAAUCUUAAGAGCAAUUUGUACGCAGAGGUGCACUGAAGGAGAGAACAGCGACGCCAUUCAUGCUUGUAUAUAUGUAUCUAGUGUUCCUUUGCAAUUGUAGAGGGGAUAAUCCAUCGUCUGGAGAGCUCUGUAGCAUAUUCCUAGGCAGCUAAGUUUUGUAUAUUACUUAUAAUGUUUUUUCCUUUUUCUCAAUCUGUUUAUGGUCUCUCUUCCUAGCGUUCAGAGGUUAUAUCAACAACAUUUUGGCAAUAGUUAGGGCAUUUCAGGAUACUCAUCAUGUGCACCCAUUGUUACUGUAGUCUCACAUGGUCCCUGUAUAUUCUGGAGGAUCUCACCGCAUUCAGUGGUAUCAGAAUUGUGAAGCUGAAGCGUAAUGUGAUAGAUAAAUUAAAAGCUGUGUUGUCUCUUGA